AGGGGCCCAGUAUGUGGGGAUAGUACUGUCUUGGCUUUAGAUUGCCAAACGGGAAAAUUAGUCUAUGAAUGGGGUAAAAAUUUAUUUUAUAUGCCCCAUGGAUUAAGUAUAGAUCAAGAAGAUAAUGUUUGGAUUACUGAUGUGGCUUUACACCAAGUCUUCAAGUUCGGGCCUCGUGGAUUCCCGGAGAAGCCACUAUUGGUUUUGGGUAAAGCUUUUAGCCCAGGAACAACAGACACUAAAUUUUGUAAACCUACUGCUGUGGCGGUACUUGAAAGUGGUGAUUUCUUUGUAGCUGUCUGUCUCAUCGCACAGUUAUCUCAUUGCAGGAA